AUGCGCUCACCUUCCGGCGUCGACAUCAUCGUCUUCCAGGGGCGAUUCUGCCAGCAUCUGCAGCUCCUGGUCCACCUGGCCCAGAUUUGGGGUGCCUGCAUCAUGGGGGAGAGGCGAGGGAGCCCCAUGUUCCUGUUCUGCCAGGGCCGGAGGAGUGGCGGGGGUCACCGUAAGGCCCCGGGGCCCAACGGCCACACUGGGGCCUGCCUUAGCACGGAGCCCAGCUGGGAGGAGGCCGCUGACAGCACACGCUACUCUCCUGUUUCACUGGAACAGGACUCCGCGGUGAAUAAUGGAUCAGGCGUUCCCCGCAGCCCGCUCGGCCACACAAAGGACCCGGCCGUGCAGAUCGACGGGCAGCCAUCCUCCGAGCUGCGCUCCGCCCGCCCUCCCAAACACUUCCAGCACCCCUACCGCACCAAGACUAGCAUGCAGGGGGAUGUCUACAACUUCCUGGAGAGGCCCACGGGACUGAAAUGCUUCCUCUACCAUUUCCUAGUGUUCCUCAUGGUGCUGGUGUGUCUGAUCUUCAGCGUGCUCUCUACCAUUGAGCAGUAUGCAGACUUCGCCACUGGGACACUGUUUUGGAUGGAAAUCGUCCUGGUGCUGUUCUUUGGCACGGAGUACGUGGUGCGCCUGUGGUCUGCGGGCUGCAGGAGCAAAUAUGUUGGCAUCAAGGGCAGACUGCGCUUUGCCAGGAAACCCAUUUCCAUCAUAGAUCUGAUUGUAGUUAUAGCCUCUGUCAUUGUGCUCAGUGUGGGGUCCAAUGGCCAAGUCUUCGCAACAUCGGCCAUCAGGGGGAUCCGUUUCCUACAGAUCCUGCGCAUGCUGCAUGUGGAUCGACAGGGGGGCACCUGGAGGCUUCUGGGAUCUGUAGUUUUCAUUCAUCGGCAGGAGCUGAUAACCACGCUGUACAUUGGCUUCCUGGGGCUCAUCUUCUCCUCCUACUUCGUGUAUCUGGCAGAGAAGGACGCGGUGGACGAGGAGGGGAAGACUGGCUUCUCCAGCUACGCCGAUGCUCUGUGGUGGGGUGUGGUUACCGUGACUACGAUAGGCUACGGGGACAAAGUUCCGCAGACCUGGAUAGGGAAGACCAUCGCCUCCUGCUUUAGCGUAUUCGCCAUCUCGUUCUUCGCCCUUCCUGCUGGGAUCCUGGGCUCGGGGUUCGCUCUCAAGGUGCAGCAGAAACAGAGACAGAAGCACUUCAGCAGGCAGAUCCCUGCUGCAGCCUCACUGAUCCAGACGCUGUGGCGAUGCUACGCAGCAGAGAAGCCUGAAGGCUGCCCGGCGACAUGGAAGAUGUACGUUCUGACCGGAGAAUAUGUGCCCACCGUCAGCUCCGAAAACUCCACCCCAAACUUCAGGAUCCUGCCCUCUCUCUGUCUGUGUCCCCAGAGCAGACGCUCCAAACGGAAGGCCAAGCCCUCGCGAGACAACGGCUCCCUGGCCCCCACCCACCCCUCUCACAAGGCCCUGUCCAUCCCCCAGAUCACCUACGACUACAUCGAGGACAAAGAUGAGAAGAAGGAGCUCCCGUUCUUCCUGGAGGAGCCAGCAGGGUUUACAAGGAUGUUUAAGCAGACAGGUCAGCUGCACUCCUGGUCUUCCUUUAACCUCAGCUGUCCUGCUUCUCCAGUUAAGAAAAGGCUGGACAGUCCUUCCAUGGACAUGUCACGGACCACCAGCUUUGUGGACGACAUGGACUUUGUGAGUGAGGAGUUUCCACUGUCUGUGAUGACAGACGCAUCCCAUCUGUUGACAAGCCCAUUGGUGGCAAACGUCCAGGACUCCGCCUCCACUCACCCACUGAAUACAGCAAGGUUGUCACACGCACACAGAUCAGCCAUCAAAGUCAUCCGAAGAAUGCAGUACUUUGUGGCCAGACGGAAAUUUCAGGUGCUGCUGAUGGAUCGCAAGGUGGAGGAGAUCCUGAGGAUCGUGGCGGAGCGCCUGCGGCCGCAAACCGACCACGUGCGGACCGCCGCCCCCUGCAGCUCCCGCAUCACCGUGAUGAAGAACACGGCCGCCAGCGUGGACGAGGGGCAGUGA